UCAGCGUCAGCGGCCAAUCUAACAGCCCAAGUAUCAAAGAAAAAUAAUUCUUAUUUCUCUCUUUUCACAAAACGGCAGCCACAAACCCUAACAUUCUCAUUUAUCUCUCUUCGCCCCGCCGGGAAUUUCACUCUCUCUUCUCCUUCUGCAAACAUGAAGUGCAAUAUCGCGAACCCUACUACAGGGUGCCAGAAGAAGCUCGAGAUCGAUGAUGAACAGAAACUCCGAGUUUUCUAUGACAAGAGGAUCUCCCAAGAAGUCAGUGGAGAUGCUCUCGGAGAGGAAUUCAAGGGCUACGUCUUCAAGAUCAUGGGAGGAUGUGACAAGCAAGGUUUCCCCAUGAAACAGGGUGUGCUAACUCCAGGGAGAGUCCGCCUAUUGCUCCACAGAGGAACAAGCUGCUUCCGUGGUCACGGAAGACGUGAUGGAGAGCGUCGUAGAAAGUCCGUCCGUGGGUGCAUUGUUAGCCAAGACUUGUCUGUUUUGAACUUAGUUAUUGUUAAGAAGGGUGAAAAGGAUCUUCCCGGUCUCACCGACACUGAGAAGCCAAGGAUGAGGGGUCCCAAGAGGGCAUCCAAGAUCCGCAAGCUUUUCAACCUUUCCAAGGAGGAUGAUGUCCGCAAGUAUGUUAACACAUACCGAAGGAACUUCACCAGCAAAACUGGCAAGAAUGUGAGCAAGGCACCCAAGAUCCAACGUUUGGUUACUCCCUUGACCCUCCAAAGGAAGCGCAGAAGAAUUGCUUUGAAGAAGAAGAAGAUCGCCAAGGCCAAAUCUGAUGCGGCUGAGUACCAAAAGCUUCUUGCUUCAAGGUUGAAGGAGCAGAGAGAGAGGCGAAGUGAGAGUUUGGCAAAGAGGAGAUCUAAGCUAUCUGCUGUUACCAAGCGACCAUCUGAAGCAGCAUAGGUUGAUCCUGUCUUGUGUCUUUCGGUUUAAUCAUUGUGGUUGCUUUGGGUAGUCCUCAUCAUGAGAUAUUUUCUAUAUGUUUCUGGCAAUUUUGAGUUAGUGAGACCUGCUAGAUUAGUAUCUUUUUGAACCUGGAGAGUAACAUUCUUAUGGAUCUUUGUUUCUUUGAGGAUGCUCAAAUACUUUUGGUGAUUAAAGCUCUACUUCUUUUCUA